GCGCUCGGAAAUUCGCCAAAAACGGACGGGGUACGGGUUUCCAAAGCCAAGCUAGGCUGUGCGCUUUGGGCCAAGUGGAGUAUAGUCUUAGCUCCAUCCGCCUGGUCGCCGUCGAGUGGAGGGAGUCUUAGCGUUUUAUCUACUGCUAAGCUAGCCGGGGCCCGCUAGACCCCAACUCGAGACUUUGGCAAUCAUUCGAAGUAGUGUUCUUGCUGUUAAGCUUUCUGCAACCUGUUGAGUGCGUUCCCAGUGAGUGGAGUGAGUGCAACGCGGUGAUAAUUAGCGAUUCUUGAGUGAAAGUACAGCAUUUGGUGGAUGCACCACUUCAUCUAACACCUUCUACGCAGGGGUUCGCAUAGAGCCCAAUAUGGAGUUUGAGAGCGGUCCAUGGCUAGGAUCCUAUGGUGGAGCCUUCGAGGUCAUGACGGCAUCAUCUAUCUUUUAAAAGCUAUGAAGUAAUCAGUGUGCGCCUGAGAUCGAAUCUAAAGAAUUAACCAACAAUGGCGGGAUCAUUUCACUAUACCCUUGGAAUUAACGAACUAAAAACUAAAAAGACAGAAUUUUGGAGGGCGCUGACAGGUGAAUUCAUUGGAACCUUCUUGCUGAACUUCUUUGGAUGUGCAGCAUGUACGCAAGCUCCAAAUACGACGUACAUCGCCUUAGCGUUUGGCUUGGCCGUUUUCAUGGCGAUAAUGGUUGUAGGUCAUGCUAGUGGAGGUCACGUCAACCCCGCAGUUACAAUUGGGUUGCUGGUUGCAGGCAAGAUAAGCAUUGUGCGGGCUCUGUGCUAUAUAGUCGUGCAAUGCGCUGGGGCUAUCGCCGGAACAGCAGCAAUCAAGGCUUUACUGGACGAAAUAUACCAUCACGGACUCGGACAUACUGACCUUGCAGAACACAUAACUCCUCUGCAAGGUGUAGGGAUGGAGUUCUUCUUAGGAUUUGUUCUUGUCCUAACUGUGUUUGGCGUAUGUGAUGAAAACAAACCAGAUUCACGGUUCCUAGCACCAUUAGCAAUUGGUUUAACGGUCACUUUAGGACAUUUGGGGGCAAUUAGAUACACUGGUUCCAGCAUGAAUCCAGCCAGAACCUUUGGUCCUGCAGUCAUUGAGAAUAAAUGGGAAAAUCACUGGGUCUACUGGGUUGGUCCGAUUCUAGGAGGAAUUGGCGCUUCACUGUUGUAUACUUUGUCUUUGAAAGCACCUAACUCCGAAGAUGCCAAUGAUUCACGAGCUAAAUAUGCCGGUGUAGCUUUAGAUGAUCGUGAGAUGCGAAAAUUCGAUGCGUAAAAACGGCUGCGGUUUGUCAACAGACGCCUUUCUGUCCUAUGUCGUUCCUUUCUCCACUUCUGAAUGAAAACUAUGUUUAAGUCGAUGUUUAAUCAAAACUCUGUACAUUAGAAGCGAAUCAUUUUAUUUCAGCCUCGACAUACUUAUCAUUAAUAUUGAAUUAAUUCAUGUCAUGCCAUGAUUCGAUAAACUAAAAGAUCUGAAGCAACUUUUAUUUGCAAGUAAUUUUAUGCUAAUGACCACCGAGAAUCAGAUAAAAAUGUUAAAUAUGUAUUUUAUCCAAUAAUGUCAACAGAAUAUCUAAAAGCUGCUUCUCUAGUUUGAAAGAACAUUUGAUGAAAGCAAUCGAUAUUAUUCUGAAAAAUCAAUAAAAAUUCAAAAUGAAAAUUUUUCUGUCACAGUUUACCUGCUUGAAGUUGAUUAAUUAACUAAUUUUACUAAUACGAAACGAAUACAUCACACAAAGUUGCACUUAAGGUUAAGAUGCUCAUUUUAUGAAUUUAACGUUAACGUCCAAUCUAGAUGUAAUGGCUUUUAAUGCGGUUUAGUUUUAAGUGUAUCCAUUUGCCAAAUCGUUACGCUCCAUGUAAAGUAUUUUGUAAUGUAACAAUAAAAUGUAUAUUUAAAAGAAA